AUGAGGGUCGCGAAUUACAUUUUCAUAAUUUUAUUAAUUUUCACCAGAUUAGAGAUCAUAGGGUCUCACACCGCACACAUGAGAAGAUCCAUGAAAGUCGAUCUAAGAACAGACAGUUUAGAUCGUCUACUCAGUUACAUUCUCAAAGAGUAUUUUGGUGGUUGCGUUAUAAUAAUAAUUUACGAUGACAAGACCAUCGAGCAGCAGCCUGGUUUGCUCCAGGGCUUAUACACCAGUUUCCCUUUCGCCUCCUUCAUCCAGAAAAGCACAAAUACAUCGUUGGGCCAGGUGCCCAUUAUCUUCAAGGACAAGUGUUAUAAUUACAUGAUCUUUCUGGAUGAUGUCUACUAUAUCGAAAAUGUUAUUGAAGAGGAAACAGUAAAUAAAGUUCUACUCAUAACAGAAUCAACGCCUUGGACAGUCAAAGAGUUUCUCAAAAGUUUUAUAUCCAGAUCCUACACAAAUUUGGUUAUCAUCACUCAUAGUAUGAGUAGAAGAACUGAGGAAGGAUCAUUCCUCCUAUAUACUCAUAGACUGUAUACGGAUGGAAGUGGUUCGAGUAAACCAGUUCUUUUAACAUCUUGGAUAAAGGACCACAUGACACACAAGAAUAUUGAUUUAUUCCCAGAGAAGCUCAGUGGAGGCUUCAGGGGCCACCGGCUAUUAAUAUCCACCGCCCACAAGCCACCCUUCGCAAUCAGAACGGAUCGGAUUAGCCUUGGUCAGAUCGGUUGGGAUGGAAUUGACAUCAGAAUGAUAAGGCUCUUGGGAAAAGUACUUAACUUCACAGCUGAUUUUAGGGAUCCCACAGCUUCAACAAGCCCUACGUACGCUGCACUAAUGGAUGUGGAGAAACGUGAGACGACACUAGCCAUCGGUGGCAUUUACCGCACAAAUAAUGUGACCACGAGAUUCGACAGUUCAUUCUCCCACAUGGAGGAUUGUGCGGCCUUCAUAUCAGAGGCAUCCUUGGCCCUGCCGAAGUACCGCGCCAUAAUGGGACCCUUCCAAGGAGCCGUCUGGGCCCUGGUAGUCAUUGCUUAUGUCAUUGCCGUUAUUCCACUCGCUACCAACACAAAUUACAGCAUAUUAUCUCUGGUUACUCAUCCCUCGAGAUUCAUGCACAUGUUUUGGUAUGUCUUCAGUACAUUUACCAAUAGUUUCGUCGUUAAGAAUCCACUUUUGGAUACUGGAAUUGCCAAGAAUUCAACGUCACUUUUAAUUGGCAUUUAUUGGGUGUUUACGAUCAUCAUCACGUCGUGCUACACUGGUUCGAUAAUGGCGUUCAUCACAGUACCCGUGUUUCCGGAACCGAUUGAUACAGCUGAACAAUUGCUUAAGAAGAAUUAUGACAUAGGAACUCUGGAUCAUGAUGGAUGGGAGGUUUGGUUCAACUGGACGAAAAUCGAUGAGCCAGUGGCAAAAAAAUUACUGAAGAAUCUGCAGUACGUUUCAACAGUCAAAGCCGGAAUUGGAAACAUCACUCAGGCAUUCUUCUGGUCCUACGCAUUUAUUGGCUCUAAAAUUCUUCUUGAAUACAUCGUUCAAGAGCAGUUCACACCCAGUUGGGCCACGAUGAGAUCACCAAUGCACAUAAGUAAAGAAUGUCUCUUAAAUUUCGGUGUAACUUUCGUACUUCCGAAGAACUCGAUUUACACCGAAGAAUUCAAUAAGGUUAUUAUCCGAGCACGACAAUCCGGUCUCGCUCAAAAGAUCAUCAGAGACGUUAAAUGGGAUGUUCAGAGAACAGCUGAGGGUUUAUUACUCCCGGUAUCGGAGGAGUAUAAAAGACGGAAAAUCCCAGUGCAGGAUCGAUCAUUGGCUCUCGAUGACACACAAGGAAUGUUUCUCAUUCUCGGCGCCGGAACUUUACUCGCAUUUUUGACUCUCUCAAUAGAGUGUUGCGUUCAUUUGUGGAAGAAGCGGUAUUCAAACGAUGUAGGACAUACAAUGGAUGGAUCCACGGUAGUGUCAGAAACUAUUACACCGAAGAUGAAUCAUUUCAGAGGUCUUGAUAUGUGGGCACCUGACGGAUCGACGUCAAAGCGUCGAAGAUUUAGUAUAAGUAGCAUUUAG